GCGGCGGCCUUUAUCUUCGUUCUCUCUUCCUCCCCCUUCACGUCCUCUUGUAGCUCUCAACCUCCGUCUAUACGAACCAGAGCAAUCCAAGUUACAUGGCGACCACAACAAUGGAAAUUUGCACACCUCCUCACUCCUCCCAAUCAUCUCCAACAUCCGGUCCCCGCAAGACCCGCCCAGCAAACAUGUCUAUCGAUCUGUCAGACCUCCCGCCCCUCAGCGAGCCUACGCCACCCAGCAACACCCUUCUCAUCACCAAUCUCCAAGCCCCCGAGAUCUUCACCGCCGCCAACCUCGACUUCAUCAACCGCGCCAUCAGCGAACACGCCCUCCUCCACUCCUUCUCGCCCCUCAAGUCCUUCCGCCGCAUCAUCUGCACCUUCUACAACACCGACGAUGCAAUCCGAAUACGGCAGCUGCUAGACGGCGAAGCAGUGCUGGGAGAGAGAAUACGAGUGUACUUUGGGGUGGAAACAAAGGUUGAGCUAGACGAAGACCGCCAUCUCCGCGCGCCCAAGAGCGACAAACUCUUCUUCAUCUCGCCCCCGCCAUCUCCGCCCAUGGGCUGGGAAAUGCGCGAUGAAGAGCCGCCGAACAAGGAAGUGCACGCGGAGGACCUAGCGGCGGCGCUGGCCAACUUGAGUGCCCGCCCGGCCCCAGAUGCUGCCCUGGAACAACCGACAGGAAGAGUGACGAGGCAGAGAUCAGGCACGGGUACGGUGGUGUAUGAUCCGGAGGAGCAUGGGCAUAGUCCUGCUCUGCCGGCCAUUGCAGUCGAGGAUACUAGUGAGAGUCUUGAGCCCCACAGUGAGAUGGAAGGGGUGGAGAAGAAGUUUGUGCAUACUUCCCGGCCGCCGGUGGAGCUGAUGGAGGAUGCGUGAUCCGGCUGCACGACGACUAGUGUAUAGAUUCUAGAGCGCAUUGAAAGGGGGGGUUGGGAGUCUUGGGCGGAUCAUGAGGUUGCUUGGAGCUGCUGCGACCUGGCGUGAAAUGUGGACUGCUGGUGAAUGUGGCUCAGCCUGACGGCCAGCUGUUGAGAUCAGAAGCAUACAUUAUACGCUAGAAUCAUGAGCCACGCUGCUUCUGACGCUGUCUAACCAGUUCAUCAAGCUUGUAUUCCGUGCUGUCACUCUGUAAUAUCUUGUUCAGUCUAGAUUGGACCCUGAAGUCUGUGGGGCAAAAGCCGGGGACCUGCGCAAGCGUCAUGUCGAGGCGGAAUUUUAGCAUCGGC